AUGGUGUCAUCAGGCCCGUUCCAGGCGAUCCGCUUCCCUUAUCCUGAGCCAUUGCAGGGCCGGGGCUUCUGGGGACAGCAGACGUCAACACUGAACUGGUGCGAAGAGGACUAUAUCCUGACACACUACUGUGCGGAACUUUGUAAUACUUUGACGAACUUGGCUUUCUUAUACCUAGGAUUCAGAGGUAUUCGAAGCUGCUUGCGCCAAUCUCAUGAUAAAAUCUUCUUAAUUGCGUACGGAGGCUAUGUUCUCGUUGGCUUGGGAUCCAUUGCCUUUCAUGCUUCCCUGAAAUAUCCGAUGCAGCUGUGGGAUGAGCUUUCCAUGAUAUAUACGACCUGUCUCAUGAUGUUUGCCAGCUUUUCCUAUUCCCGCUCGGCCCUAUUUUCCACUGUAUUUGGUCUUGGCCUCCUUGGUCUCUCCGCAUUCAUCUCUAUAUACUAUCAUACAACCAAAGACCCGGAAUUUCACCAGACGGCGUAUGGUAUACUCACUGCUAUCGUUGUACUACAUGGCAUUAGGACCAUUCGAACCAUGUGGGCAAUGAUUGCUGUUGGUCUUUCUGUGUUCUUGUGUGGAUUCCUCGUCUGGAACUUGGACAACAUAUAUUGCAGCCAGAUCCGCCGGUGGCGCCGCGAGAUCGGUUUGCCGUGGGCUGUAUUUCUGGAGGGUCAUGGCUGGUGGCAUCUAUUGACUGGUCUUGGUAUGGCGAUUCUCGAUCUCGCUCCCCUCCACAGUUCCAUGCACUAA